CGAGUGCGUCAGUUCUGUUACAUACAUCUGACUGUCCCCGAUUCGUCAUGUUCCUGGCUAAUCGGCACGUCUUGCUGGUGGGUCUUGUAUAGAAGGCCAUAAUUGAUGCAUACGUAUACAUGUGCAUCUAUCAAUGUAUAUGACAUACAUGCUGCCAGAUAUGCCGCACCAGCACCUGCAUAUAACGGAGCUACAUACAUACCCGCAACUCGGGAUAUCUUCAAGCAACACUUUUUUCACAUCUGACGUCGUUGUUAAUAAAACAAAUUUGUUGUGCUUACCCUUUCUAGUGUACGUAUACCUGUUUUCUAAAAUAAGAAAAACCCAGUUCAAACCCCUUCUCUUCAAUCCCUCGCGCUGCACCUUCCACUCUAAUCCGCACCUUCCAAAUCAAAGAAAAGAAAACCACAAACCACUACCCCCCUCUUUCAAAUCACCACUUCUCCCCCACAAACCAUGAAACCCCUCCCAGACACCCCUCAAACCACUCCCUCAAACCCCUAACCCAUUCGCAACACACCAAAAAAAGCCCAGCGACUCAGUCUCGCAACCCCCCCAG